AUGGCUGUGGACGUGGCAGAAUACCACCUGAGCGUCAUCAAGAGCCCCCCUGGCUGGGAGGUGGGUGUCUAUGCCGCAGGGGCCCUGGCACUGCUGGGAAUCGCAGCUGUGAGCCUGUGGAAGCUCUGGACGUCGGGGAGCUUCCCCAGCCCCUCCCCGUUCCCAAACUAUGACUACAGGUACCUGCAGCAGAAGUAUGGCGAGACCUACGCGGAGGCCAGGCAGAAGAGAGUGGCUGCCUGGACCGGCCAGCGGGCCGCUGCGCGGGAACCACCCAGCCGCAAAGGUAGCCUCAGCAUUGAGGACAACUUCCAGAGCAUCAGUGAGCUGGGGCCCCUGGAGCUGAUGGGCCGGGAGCUGGACCUGGCCCCCUAUGGGACCCUCCGGAAGUCCCAGUCAGCCGACUCCCUGAACUCCAUCUCCUCCGUGAGCAACACCUUCGGGCAGGACUUCACACUGGGCCAGGUAGAGGUGAACAUGGACUACGAUGCCGCCUCGCACACCCUCCACGUGGCCCUCCUGCAGGGCAAGGACCUCCUGGAGCGGGAGGAGGCCAGCUUUGAGUCCUGCUUCAUGCGUGUCAGCCUGCUGCCUGACGAGCAGAUCGUGGGCAUUUCCCGGAUCCAGAGGAAUGCCUACUCUAUCUCCUUCGAUGAGAACUUCUCCAUCCCCCUAGACCCUGUAGCCCUGGAGGAGAAGAGCCUACGGUUUUCCGUGUUUGGCAUUGAUGAGGACGAGCGGAAUGUCAGCACAGGGGUGGUGGAGCUGAAGCUUUCUGUGCUUGAUCUCCCACUGCAGCCCUUUAGUGGCUGGCUCUACUUACAGGACCAGAACAAGGCUGCCGAUGCUGUUGGUGAGAUCCUGCUGUCCCUCAGUUACCUCCCCACAGCUGAGCGUCUCACCGUGGUUGUGGUGAAGGCCAAGAAUCUCAUCUGGACCAACGAUAAGACCAUGGCGGACCCCUUCGUCAAGGUGUACCUGCUGCAGGAUGGGAGGAAGAUGAGCAAAAAGAAGACAGCUGUGAAGAGGGAUGACCCCAACCCAGUGUUCAAUGAGGCCAUGAUCUUCUCGGUGCCAGCCGUUGUGCUCCAGGACCUGUCUCUCCGUGUGACGGUGGCUGAGAGCAGCAGUGAUGGCCGUGGGGACAACGUGGGUCACGUCAUCAUCGGGCCGUCGGCCAGUGGCAUGGGCACCACGCACUGGAACCAGAUGCUGGCCACACUGCGCAGGCCUGUGUCCAUGUGGCACCCGGUCCGGCGAAACUAG